AGUUGUCUCAAGCCACUAGACACAGACAGGAGCAGAGGGGAUUUGCUGGGGGGUUCCUGCCCAUCCCUGGGCUCAGAGGGGGCAGCGGCUGCUCCGGGUGCUGUGGGGGGACAGUAAAAUUACCUGGGAGCAGGAAGGAGGGUCUGGACCCAGCCCCAACCAUCCCAGCCAUAAAAAAGCCAGAGCAGCCUCGUGUCCCCUCUGCAGGAGCUCAGUGGGGGCCGGGAGCAGCACCCAGACCCCACACCCAGCGCAGGGCACAGUCCCUCCCAGAGGAAGCGGCCGCGGCCCUGCCUGCGUCCCCACAGUGCCUGGGGGGUCCCUGGAGAGUCUCUGCCCACCAUGGAGCUCCUGCUGCUGGUGCUGCUGGCCAUGCCCUCGGCCACUGGCAUCAAGGAGAUGGCACUGGACAUGGCCCCCAAUGCCUUCGAUGACCAGUACCAGGACUGCAGCAACGAAAUGGUGGAGGAGCUGCUGGCUCUCAACCGCUCCGAGCUUGGCCCCAACAGCAACUACUCCAAGGCCUGGGAUGAUGCCACUGUCAAAUGGCACAGCCACCCAGCCCUGGGGUCUCUGCGUUGGAAGGAAGAGGCCAUUGCCCUCCUGGCAUACACAUUGGAGACAGAUUUGUACAAGGAGUUCAACAGGGCCGUGCCCACGGCCGGGCACUCCCGCCAGGAAUAUCUGGACAAAUUUCACUUCAAGUUGGUGCAUUUCCUGCUGACCGAGGCCCUGGAUGACCUGCGGGAUGCCCAGACCCACCCCCGCUGCCUCCACGUGUUCCGGGGGGUCCGAGGGAUCCGGUUCACUGCCCAGCCCGGAGACAUCGUCCGCUUUGGCCAGUUCACCUCUGCCUCCCUGAACAAAGAAAUUGCCGAGAGGUUCGGCACCGACACCUUCUUCGAGCUGGACACCUGCCACGGCGCCGCCAUCCGGGACUUCUCCUUCAUGCCCUGGGAGGAGGAAGUCCUCAUCCCGCCCUUCGAGACCUUUAAUGUCACCAGUGUCACCCGCCAAGGGGCCAAAACCCACAUCCAGCUCCGCCCCCACGGCGUGCACAGCAAAUACAACUGCGCGUGGCUCCGAGGCAGCAGCAUCCACAGGGAACCCCCAAGCCUCACUGGGCUCCUCCUGGCAAUGCUGGCCCUGGCAGUGGCCAUCGGCACCCCCUGAGCCACGAGGACACCGCUGUCACCUCUGCCACCGUGCCCGGCCCAGACGAGGGCUCAGGAACGGAGCCACCGGUGUCACCAGGACGGCAGGACGGGCCGGGGGGCACGGGGACCCCCCGCUGCAGGGGGACACUGGACAAGCCCAGGGGACGCCCUCCCUGAGCCAUGGCUGGGGGGUUGGGGGGCAGCUGAGGGGGACACGGGGGGGAUUUGCUUCUCUUUGGGGCUUUUUUUCUCCCUUCCAAUAUUUUAACUUUUCUUUCCAAUUAUUAAAGUGGUUUUAGCACAGCC